ACAUCCAUGAGAUCAACCGUUAUUAGGCUACAGACACUGCCAGCCAUGUCCUGCCUCUAAACAAAAUACAGAUUUUUUUUUCCAUAUCAUUGUAACGCACAUACUAAGAGCAGACUUGCUAAUUUUAUCUUUUUCUAUUUCAUUACACUUUUUUUAAUUCAUAAAGAAAUAACGCUGUUUUUAAAUACUGAUAUUUGGUUUGAGCACACGGAGGGAAAAUGUCUUCAGCCGCGCAGGAGAGGCGCUCCGGCGCUCCGCUGCUGAGCGCGCUGCUGCUGCUGCUCUCGCUUUCUGGUUGUUCAAGCAUGGAUGUAAUCGUGCCCAGCCGCAUUAAUGCACUUAAUGGAACAACUGUUAUAAUCCCCUGCACGUUUACUUCCUGCUACAAGAUGGACCUCACCAAGUUUGCCAUGAAUUGGACGUACCAGGACUCAGUAAACAGCACAGAGAUGCCGUUUAUGACCUAUUAUAAGAAAAAAGGAAUGCUACCAGUGCGCUCUGAGCGUUUUGGAGACAGGGUUGUGUUCACCGGGAACUUGGACAAGAAUGACUUGUCUUUCACUCUAUCAGACGUCCAGAUGGAGGAUGAGGGGUUGUACAAGUGCCACGUGAGAAACCCCCCAGACCGCAUCCAGGGAAUGGGUCUUAUUGAACUUUAUGUUGUCACAGAACUUCCUCCUCCAAGAGACUCAACCAUUGCAGUUAUUAUUGGGGCAUCAGUGGGCGGAGCAUUGGCUCUGCUCAUCCUGUCCAUGGUGGUAGUGAAAUGCCUUCGCCGACAUCAGAAACAAGAGCUGAUUUCAGAGGAAAAGAUGGAGGAGGAAGGGAAGUUGGAGGCGGAAGCUGUUGCGGAGGAGGGGACCAAGCAACCAUAGCUGGAUUUUUUGACUGAACCAGUGUCUCUGGAGCUUCCACUUCCACCAACUCAUCAGACAUAUCCACCCCUCCCAGGAGAAGUUGUAGCGACUGCUUGAAUCAUUAUCCACAGGACGUGUGUGUGUGUGUGUGUGUGGUUGCGUGCGUGCGUGUGUGUGUGUGUAUCAAGUGGAUUUGUUGGUAUGGGAACUGAAUAUUUCUAUGCGUAUGUGUGUAUUUUGGUAUGUCUACAUUAGAUGUGUGUUUUUCCUUGAAACAAAUCAGGGAGUUGCACAUUAAACCUUCUUUAUUUUAUUUACACCUAAAAGAGGGUGUCACUACCUUUAGGUGUCUUCCAUAAAACGCUGAAUGCCAUUUUCAUUGCGUACUAUUUCACAGGUUGGGCAGUUUGACCUAAAAAUCUUUUCCACAAUAUAUUUUGAAUAUUGAAUUAAAUAAAAACACAUUUUACUUUUUUCGCUCAGUCUUUCAGAGGAUAUGAUUUAGAAUUGAUUUUCAUUCUUUAGUGGAAAAAAAUAAUAUAUAUAUAUUUAAAUUCCUUUCAGCUACAGUCAGUAAACAUCAGUGACCUUUAACAGAGCUUGUAGAGGCAGAGUCUCUUAAGUUAAAACUUAAUUACCUGAGAGCUUUGAGCACUUUUACAUAUUGAGUCCAAUGUUUUCUACAUAGCCUUAAAGCCAUGUCUUGUAGAUGAUGUUGGUACAAGUUUAAUGUCCCUCCGCAGCUGGAUUCUGUUGUCAUACAUAUGGCAAACUAGUCAGCGACUCAGUCAAAAACGUUUACACGCAUCAAAAAGGUCUACCUGUGUCUAAGCAGGAGAAUAUUCUUAAACAUUCCUUCCGCUUUUGGAGUUUUGACUAAACAACUGGCCUGUUCACCAUCCUCUUUCAGAGAAAACAUUGUGAUUUGUCACAGUGGGUUCAGCACAGAUGCAGGUAAUCAUAUUUGCAGUUACUUCAUUCUGUUCAUGUGAGGUGUAAUGAACUAAAUAGUCAGUCACUAUUAUCUUUGAGCAUCUUUUUUUGUAUGUGAAGUGUAUGUACUUGAGAUUGCCCUCAAAAAUUCUCACAAGUGAUAUAAAGGAGAGUGAGAAUAUCACAUACAGUAGACACUAUAUCUUAUUUUGAUGGUGGAAGUAUUAUUUCGGCAUUAAAAUACAUUUGUCAACUCAAAACCACAAGAUUUCAAGUGAAUUUUCUGGACAAAAGGCAUCUGUUUGUGCCAUUUUUUUUUUACUUCCACUUUUUACCAGUUAGUUUUUUUUUUAUUUAUUUUUAUUUUUUUACAGCAAACAUUAGAAGUAUGUUCAUGUUUUUAUUGGCCUGGGAGUGAUAUAAAUGAAUAACUCCAAGUUAAUGCUGCAUGAAUUCCUCUUCUGAGCACUUUUAUGAGAUUUAAUACAAACACUAUAGCCAAAUUUAUAUAUUUCUACUGCAUAUCAGACUGUCCACCCCUAUGGUAGAUAUUUGUCAGUUAAUCCUGGCUACUGCAUCGUCAUUUGGACUUUUUGGAAAUGGCAGUGGCAGUAUGGAGCAUUUCACUCACCACAGUACCUACAAAUCUAACACUGGAUUGGGGGUACAUAGAUCAAGUUAUCAUUAACAAUGUGACAACGUGAUAGUAAAAAACUCACUGCAUCACUAUAUUUUUCUAGUUUAUGUUAGUCUCAAGCUAAAUUAAUAUCUAUGGCAGAUUUUAACAAAGGCCAUCACACAGCAAGCAGUUAUUUACCACCGCUUACUAUUACCCUUGCCACACACUUGGGCUCAAAAUAAAAAGGAAUUUGUACCAAAUAAGUAGUAAGAUGUUUACAUGAAUCGACUGACUACGUAGAACAAAACUCUAAGCACUAAUGAACCUUGAUUGAUCUACGAGGUGUAAUCAUCCACUAAAAAUGGUCAAAUGUCUUAUUUUGACAGCUGAAGCAUGCACAGUUAACUCUACUGCCAUGAUUGCAUUUUGUUUCACAUAUUACAUUUUCCAAAAGACAAUUGUUAUAUUGUAAAAAAAAAAAUGUUAGAACUUUAUUCUUUUAGAAAUGAAUGUCUAUGUGAGUCAGAGCGUGUUUAAGCUUCCCUUCUCUGUACUGUAGCUAUUUAUCAAUUAUUGUAAUCCCUGAAUAUUAUUUUUACUUCAUUCACGCAUUUACCCACACACUUAAGUUUUGUAUCGCUGGGAUCAAGUUGAACUUGGAUGUGUUUGCUUUGCAUCCUGCAAACCGUCCAUUAACAACUAAAUGUUAAAAAUAUUUUGUAUUUUGGAAAAAACGCUAGUACAAGUUUUGCUAUUACUCUUGAAGCUGAGCUUAACAGGAACCCUAUUAUUGAAGACUUGAGAAACAAAUAACAGAAUGGCUAUAAUCCAAAAUACACACUCCCAAGUUUGUAGAUAGUAAAAUAUAACUAUAUGAAAUAGCUGUUAAGUUUAUUGAAAAAAGAAAAAAUCAUUCUAUCGGACUCCAAAGUAAUGCCUUUACCUCAACAGUGGUGUGUGAAACCAUAUGUAUUGCUUUGCACAUUAACACGCUAACACCUGUUCUAAUGUACAGUAAUCACCGCUGAGAGCAUGAGGGUAGAAGUGAAAUGAGGAAAAUAUAUGAUGUUCUACAAAUAUUUAGAUGUUUCUUAGAUGUGGUAGUGUAAUGAUCAUUCAUUCAGUUAGAGCAGUUUGAUUGUUCCAACAAGUCAUCCUAGUUAAUGACUUGAUCACUCUUAAUUGAUCUAGCAUGUGAACUUUGAAUCUCUGGAUGUCCUAUGAUGUUUUAAUUAUAAUGUGUAACAGGCCUGCUGUGUCACAGAGGAAUGUCUUGACUGAUACAUAUAAUACUGGAGGAUGGUGAAAGCCUCCAGAUAUGGUUGCGUGGCCAGGCCUCGUUUUCUGUUAUUGUUUACAAAGAAAAAAAAAGUAUACAUGUCUGUGUUUGUGCCUUUUUGGGUCGAAGGCCUCAAUUAGGAUCUUUUUUAAUGUUUUAUAUCAAUUAUGAUUGUACAUUUUGUGUAUAUUUAAAUGAAAAGUAUGUCCAUGUAUAUUUAAAAAAGCACAUGUUUAUCAUCACAAAAGUAUAUCCCCAAUGAUGUGGAGCUGUUAUGAUCAAUAAAGCACUGGAUAUUAUUGGUUUUUGAUGAACCGCAGUAAAGUGGUUGUUAGUUAAAAUGCAAAAGUUGUUGGAGAGGGGGAAAAAUAUCCUUAAACCACACAGCUGUCUGGUCUGGAAAGCCCUAAUUCUGUCGCCUUUCAUGGAACGCUGAUUUCUCUGCGGAGUCAUGCAUGUUUAAGUUGCAGUUUUGCAGGUUUUGUUUGAAGUAUGACAUUAUAAACUGUAUUCUAUUUUUCUUGUAUUUCUCAAGUAGGAACAAGUAAACCACAAAAGAUAACAAUAUUAUAUAUAAAACAGAUUUCCCAUUCUGUGUUACUGUUUCCCACCUGCAGCCUGAAUUUGCCCUGAGUACUUGCUCUUGUUUCACACUAAAUGUUAGUUGACAUCACAUAAAUGCUUGCACUGUGCUGCCUCUGAACAAGUAGCAAUCAUUAUAUUAUGUAUUUUGAA